GUAGGUUAUAUACUUUUAGGAGAGAGAGAGAGAGAUAUGGAGAUGGAGGGCAACGACAAAACGAAUGCGAGCGACAAAGAGAACCAUAUCAACGGCGGCGAUGGAAGAAAUCAUGAACAAGGACCUAUUUUGGCUUCUAAGAAGGCCAAAUCGUGCAAAGGAUGUCUCUAUUACUCUUCCGCCUUCAAAUCCAAUUCAUAUGACCCCUUCUGCGCCGGCAUCACUAGGUCUCUUCCCAAUGUGCCACCACAGCUUGUUGGAGAAUCUGAGAUGGAGGCCUCAAAAGAAGGUAGAAGCCUUACAGAUUUCAGAUAUGCCUGUCUCGGUUACUCUGUUUAUAUGAAGGGAAAAGAUUCUUCAUCCAACAUACAAGUUGAUCAAAUAGAAUUGCCUAUAUGCACUGGUCUUGAGGUUUUGAUAGAUAAAAGAGUUGACAGUGAUGCUGAAACUGUUCCUGCUUCUGUUCAUAAUAAAGAAGGGGAUGGUCAUGUAAUACCACAUCCUCGAGCACAUAAUAAACCUUCUUCUCCUUCCUCUCCCGCUCAUGUGGUUGGAGGUGAAUUCUUGACCAGAUUCUCUAGGAAUGCGACUGUGGUUGCUAAUGGAGUGGUUAAGAACUUGUGCAAAGUAGGCAACCAUAUUAAAGAGCGGGUUGAUGACAUUCUGUACCCGUACCGAAGGCGAUCAAAGUGACAUUUCAGUUGAAGGAAUAUUGCUGCGGUUGAGUCAAAUAAAUAAAUAAAAGCUAUAGGUUGCGGCUUGCUCGCUAACCAAUUGACCGAACUCAGUUAGUUGCAGCCUGGGGGGAGUGUAAACUUGUGGGGAUUUAGCAGGGCAUAAAUGAUACUUUUUUUGCCUUAAAUCAAAAAUGUUAGCAGCAGUUGUAUUUUAUAAAUUCACAAAAAAAAUGGUGUUGUUUUCAUCAUCUUGUACGAUUUACUAUUAUUAUUAUAUAAGUUUAUUUUAUCAGCAAGUUGUGAUUGAA